AUGCCACAGCCAGCGCGCCGACGAAUCGAAGCCGCGCCCUACCACCCUACGUAUGCAACCUACCCGGCGAUCCGGCGAUCCCCCGGCCUCAUCCCACCUGUUCCACCCCCCUCCGCCCCGCCGCCUCACCGUCGCCCAACCCGCCCCACCAUGGUGCUCGAGGCCGGCUAUCCGGGCACCACCGGCUUCCGCAAGGUCACCAAGGCCACCAUCAUGGUCAAGAAAAAGGACGGCAUCGCCGACCAGGCCUUUGUCGAGCAUUACACAAAGCACCACGCCACCAUGGCCGCCGACGUCCUGCUGAAGCACGACAUCAUCACCUACUCGCUGACCUUCCAUCUCAAGCACGAUCGCACCGUCACCCAGGACAUCAUGAAGGGCAAGGCACAGCUGCUCGACUACGACGCCAUCUGCACCUUUGUCUUCCCGGACUACCUGAGCUUCGCCAAGUUCAUGUACGACCGCGAGUCGCACGCUCUGUCGUCCGACCACGACAACUUCAUGGACGAGGCCCAGAUGAAGAUGAUGGUCGGCGACGAGUACAUGGUCAUCGAAGACGGUAAGAAGGUCGAAAAGCCGGAUCCGAGCGCCGUGUAG